GGGGGCAGAAGAGCAGUACCCAGCCCCUCUCCAUCAGCUGUGGUCGGAGGAUGUCGCUUCGGAGGCAGAAAUGAUGUAAUCAAAAAGCUUUAAUCUGCACAGAGGCAUUGCCUGAACGAGAAAAACGAGGAUUACCACCGCUCCGGGGACUUAUUUGACCUGCUUUCCCCGUGCGUAAAACCGUGCUUUUGGGGUCUGCGCGCGCGGGGGGCGGGAUGUACCGGGGCUUCGCUGCACUUGGAUGCGGUGCAGUCUGCAGUAGUAGCCGGGGAUGCUACGCUCUGUCUCGCCGCUACUUGCCUCGGUUCUCUGCGCGGUGAUUGAGCUCCAUCCUCCGCUUCAAAAAUGACCCACACCCCGCCUCCAUCCGCGACACCGAACCGCCCUUUCUGCUGCCGACUUCUGGCCUCUACCACCCCGACUUUGAGUUCCCACACUUGCAGGCCGUUUAUGUCCGCUUUGGAUCAAGUUACCACCGUGUCCAAUAGUGAUUUUUAGCAGUGGUGGGCUUCAAAAUUCAAAUAUAUUACCAAUUUAUACACUUACUCUGCGUUAUUUAUAUCUUGGACACCUGUAUGGCUUCGUGACAGUUCGUUUUUUUGGACAUUUGAGGGUUGUGGAUCCUACGGGGAUAUGUCCAGGCUGUACCGGGCGAGCAGCAGCCCUCACGCCGCCUCUCCAGCAGCUGUCCGCGGCUUGGCACAGUGACUUCAGACCGCUGCUGUUGUGGAGGAGCAGCUGAGACGCAGAGGGCGCACGGUGGCCUUUCCAGCUCAGGUCUAAACCAUGGCCAAUGAACCUGUUAUCCUUAAUGUGUACGAUAUGUACUGGAUAAAUGAAUACACUUCUAAUCUGGGCAUUGGCGUUUUCCACUCAGGCAUUGAAAUCUACGGCAGAGAAUUUGCAUAUGGUGGACACCCCUAUCCUUUCAGUGGCAUCUUUGAAAUCAACCCUGGCAAUGCUGCUGAGCUCGGAGAAACAUUCAAGUUCAAGGAGGCCAUUGUUCUGGGCACCACAGACUUCACAGAGGAGGACAUCGAUAAAAUCAUGGAGGAGCUGGGGAAGGAGUUCAAAGGGAACGCGUAUCACCUGAUGCACAAAAACUGCAACCACUUUUCCUCCUCGCUGUCAGAGUUGCUGUGUGGGCGUGAGAUCCCACGCUGGGUGAACCGCCUGGCCUAUUUCAGCUCCUGUAUCCCGUUCCUCCAAAGCUGCCUGCCCAAGGAGUGGUUAACGCCGGCCGCACUGCAGAGCCACAUCAGCAUGGGCUUACACAAGGACGACCAGCACGACUCUAGCGACGAUGACCCCAAUUCCCCAUCGGGAGGUGCCGCAACGGGCUGCUCCUCCCAUGGUUGCCGUCACACCAGGGUCUGACCCACACUCCACAGAUGUACUAUAACAUUGAACUGUGGGUCCUUCGUUCCCAUUGGCCCAAACAACCACCUGACCUCUAGAAAAUGGGAAAUAGCUGCUGCCACUGUUAGGACAAGCCAUGGCCUCUGGUAAAAAAAAAAAAAAACACGAGGCAAACUUUAAUUUUGAGCUGUGAAAAAUGGCGCGGACUUGACAAUAGACUGCUACAAGUUUGUAUUUAUUACUAUUAGUCUUUUCCAUGGAGUUUUAAACUUUUGUCAGCCUUGUCCCUGCCUUCAAAGCGGUUUGUUUUUAACUCAGAUACCCCGAGUCAUAAAAAUGUUGGGACAAUGUGUAAAAUGGAAAAGUAUCACAAACACAUUUUCUGCUAAUCUAAUAAGAAACAUUUUGUUCACAAUGAGAUGUUGAACAUAUCAGGUAUUUUGACAGUUGUAAACAUGUUAUCUAAAGGUUCAAAUCAAGCAACAAACUAUCGAAGCCAUGGGUUGACAUUUCAUGCAGCUAAUAACAAUACAUAUAAUAUUGAAUAAACAAUCACUUACAGAUAAGUUUCUGCCAUCCAUUAUUCUUCAAGACAUUGUAAAAUAACCUCACAUGUCCAUUGUGAACAAAAUGCAUUUUAGGGAUUCUGCAAAUAAAUGCGGGCAAUUAUUCACAUAUUUAUUGGUGUUCCCAACUUUUUUUUAUAUAUAGGUAAAACAAAAGACACUACAGGACUGUUCAUAUUGGGAAAAUAACCAGGUAAACUUGUAUUCUUUUAAAUUGUAACAUAUUUGUUCAAUGACCUCGACGUGGCCUUCAGUUAAGUGUUGGAUACACGUUUUAUUUUUUCUUUGGCCAUUUUAGACGUAACUUUAGAAAGAGGAUUUGACUGCUCCUCAGAAUGAGUAACAAAAAUGUUGCAUGUUGAAAUGACAAACAAGAAAAUCUAUCUUAGUAUUCCUAUGGUGCAACCUGCAAAUGAGUCAGGGUUUUUGCAGGCCCUUAAUUCAAUUUGGAAAUGAAGAGCUCUGGUAAUGAUUAGUAAAUUAUUCAUUCAAUAAACUGGUAUCAUUGCUACCUUGACCAUUUUUCUAUUUGGUCUAGUCUUUUAGUCCAUGGGGAAUUUAUAUUGGGUAAUUCAUAAACGUAAUUUAUGGAUUUUUCUAAUCAACUGCUUGCAAAAGCCCUGCUUUGUUGCAAGACAAGACGGUUCACUCAUCUCAGAGAUGAGCUGAGCUGCUCUUAAUGCAAAACCUGCGACUACUUUGGCUUAUUUUUAUUGGAAAAUAAGAAUUAUGGCUAUGAAACAAUACUAUUUCCAAUCCCAGAAGUCUAGUCUCCCAACAAUAUAACAAUUUCACUGGAUACUUUGGCAAAGGCACACUUUGUUGAGCAGGACUUAAUAUAAUCAAAUCUAUGUUCUUUUGGUGCUCUUCAAUGUAUUUCAAUCAGGUAAAAAGGUUUCACUGCUAAUGUUUGCUUUGAGUGUAUGAGAUGGAGAAAUGAUGACACUUAAUACACAGACAUUGUCCAACUGGAUUAUAUAAUAAUAGAAUAGUCUCUUUAAUGGAGCUAUGUGGAAACAGUCACUUUAGUACAGUACAUUUUAGUUUCUCUCAUCUGGGAAUACAGCAUCCAACAUUUACAAUCAUUUUGUGUAAGCAUUUAAUUGUGCAAAGGUUUCACAUGGUUGACCUCUUUCUUAACUGUGCUUGAGACUGGCAGAGAAGGUCCUUAUUAUUCUUUUUACAUAUAAGGUUCUCACUUGCACUGUGACAACUUUACAGUUAAUUUAAAUAUAAUGUUCUAAAUGGUAAAACCCUCAGGGCCAAGAAAGUCCCAUAAUUUGAAGUAAAACAAAAAACAUGCAUACAUUGCUACAUGAGAUAUGACUUUGAGCUUAAAAAAUAUUUGGACUUUUCCAUUUUACAUAAGUUCUCAUUUUGUUCUAAUAUUUUAUUUACUUAAAGAUAAAAUAAAUGACAUUUUUUUGCACUUUCCAAACAUACUGACGUAACAGUGAAUCUGUUUUGAACCAAACUGAAAUAUUAACUUGUCCUGACCCGUUAACCUACCUUUUUUUCUUUUAACUUAAUUCCUGUUCAGUAUGGUUGAUUAUGUCAAACAUUCUUAUAGUUGCAAGUGUAAAAUCAGUAAACCCUAAUCCCAAUGAGUUUAGGGAAUCCUCCAAGAGGAAAAUCUAAAAUUUUCCCCCAUUUUCAUUGUUCCCUUAUUUAUUUGUUAUUGUUCACAGAGUGUCUUAUGUAUAUAAUUUAAGUUGACCAUGGAUUAGUAUUACUGACAGCCUUUUACACAGCAAGUAUUUUUUCCCAUUGUGUGUCAUUGUGCACCUCAACUCUUUUCCUGACAACUUCAAGAAUGAUCAACGUAGUAGAAUAAAGAUGGAAC